CUACGUCAUCGUCGUAGGUAAACAAGAUUUAACGGAAGGGAGUGAUAUUUAAACCGUGAGCUGUCAAGGAGGUGUACACAUUUGUUGUGGGCCACUGUUAAAUCAAAGUGUGGGACACUGAACUAUGCAGCAUGUAUGUCUCCAAAAGGAUCUCCAAUGCCUAUUUUGUCUGUGAAAGAAGGCCCACUUUGACCUCUGCCACAGAGACAUGCCCACACAACUUUGUCGAAAUACUGCCCACGGAAAUGAGCUUGAAGAUUUUUAGCAAACUGGACAUUGACAGCUUAUGUAGUGCAUUGUUGACCUGCAAACUGUGGCACCACAUCAUUGAAGACAGCGACCAUCUCUGGAGGAAUCAUUGCCUGACUGUGCGAGCUUUCUGUCAACAGGAGAUUGAUGGGGACAGACAGUAUGGACUGUCAUGGAAGGUCACCCUGGUGCGGAACUACAGGAGAGGUUUUCUGAAGAGCGAAUGGUUAAGGGGACGAUACAGCAACAUUCAUUCUGCUGAUGAACUACUGGACAGGAACAUGUGCUCAUUGGAUGUCGAGACUUGGGGCGAGAUUCUGGAAGCAGAGCUGGAGAGAUAGCUGCAAAUCUUAUAAAGAGCUAUGAAUGAACCCUUUAGAUUUUCUUUAAUAAUUAUGUCUUAAACAAUUAUUGAUUUGUUUUAUACCUUUUUAUACAGUUUUUAUAUGUGAUUAUUGUUAAUAAUCACAAACAUGUAUAUCUUUUUUUGUUAUACAUUAAUAUAUGGUAGGCUAUAUUCCAGGAAAAUAACGAUACCCUUUAAUGAAUUCCUAAAUCAGUAAUACAAUUGGGCCUUCACUACACUGAAUAAAGUGGGGUAUUAAGAUGUUAAUUUGCGUUUACAGUAUAGCACAAAAGUGUAGAACUUUUGCUACUUGGCAGUAUUUAUGAGCUAUUUAAACUCAUUUGGUUGACAGUGUAUAUAUAUGAGUUAUACUGUAUACAAUAAUACUCAUAAUGCACUGUAUCAGAUAUGGGUCUGGAGCUCUAUAUUUGCUAUUUGAAUUAAUUUUGACACGACUGUUCAUGUGUUCACUUUAUGUACAACCAUGCAUAUUCAUGUUUUACUCACUGUAGGCUAUAAUCACCAUGGAUCACCAUACAUUCAUUAAAAGACAUCAUGAUUUUGAUGCAUAAACACA